CCACAUGUUUUGGAGCCCCACCCUUCACAGCACUGGGAAAACAAAAUCAUUUGCCUAGAAAGAGCAGAUUCUUUUAUACAAGAGCUGCCUGUAUAAUAUAGUCAAGCUAAGGGGACACCAGACUGUGAAGACCAUAUACUUAGUGUCUGUUCAUUUGCAAACUUUUGGCAACUGGAUGAUGCUAUGACUUCCACCCUCACAGUUCUGCUUUGUCUUGGUCUGAGCCUGGGCCCCAGGAUCCCAGUGCUGGCAGGUGAGUAUUUUUCCAGCUGUCAUAGGGUGUUCAUCAUCAGUGGGUAUCAAAGGUACCCUCUGAAGAAAAGAUAUGUAGAAGAGCUGGUGUGGGAUGAUGCUGGUGUUGCCGGAAAGGUAUUGAAGAUGAGAGAUUGGUUUAAAGAUAGAUGUCCUCAGACCCAACUCCCAUUUUUGUUGUUGUUCUUUGUUUUUUUUUCCUUGUUUUGUUUUAUUUUUUUUUCAGGGGGACUCUCUAAACCCACACUCAGAGCUGUGCCAAGGAAUGUGGUAACCAUUGGGACUGAAGUAACUAUAAUUUGUGAAGGUCCCUCAAAUGCCCAAGAAUACCAUUUCUAUAAAGAAGGAUACCCAGAUUCUCAGGUACCAACAAGUCGUAAAGACACUGAGGAAAAGCACAAGAUCUUUAUCUCAUCAAUUGAAAGUCAUAAUGCAGGCCAAUAUUCCUGUUUCUAUAAAAGCCCAGCUGGCAUAUCAAAACCAAGUGAUACCCUGGAGCUAGUUGUGACAGGAGUCCACUCCAGCAAAGUCACCCUGAAUUCCCUGACCAGUCCUGUGGUGAUCUCUGGAGGGUAUGUGACCCUUCAGUGCUCCUCAAAAGAGAAAUAUGACAGUUUCAUUCUAAUGAAGGAAGAUCAGAAAUUCUCCAGGACCGUGCCCAUAUGGAACACAAUCAGUGGUGUUUUCCAGGCCCGGUUCCCAGUAGAUCAUGUGACUCCCAACCAGAGAUGGAGGUUCACAUGCUAUGGCUAUUACCAGAACAGCUCCCAUCUGUGGUCAGUGCCCAGUAACCACCUAGAACUCCUGGUCUCAGGGACCCUUCAGAAGCCCAUCCUGUGGGCUGAGCCAAGCUCUGUUAUCAACAUAGGGAAACCUAUGACUAUCUGGUGCAAAGGAACCACGAAAACCCAAGUAUACUUCCUGCAUAAAGUAGGAAGCCCAGCUCCCUGGGAAGGACAACCUUUUCAUAGGCCUGAUACCAAGGCCAUGUUCUCCAUCACAUCAGUGGAGAGGCAUCAUGCAGGGCAAUAUCACUGUUACUGUUACAACUCUGUUGGGUGGUCAGAGCACAGUGACACCCUAGAGCUGGUGGUGACAGGAGUCUACCUCAGCAAAGUCUUCUUGUCAGCCAACGACAGUCCUGUGGUGAAGUCACGAGAGUAUACGACACUUCAGUGCUCCUCACAAGAGAAAUAUUAUAGUUUCAUUCUAAUGGAGGAAGAUCAGAAAUUCUCCAGUACCAUGCCUUCACAGAAAACAAACACUGGUCUCUUCCAGGCCCUUUUCAGAGUGGGUCCUGUGACUUCCAACCAGAGAUGGAGGUUCACAUGCUAUGGCUAUUACCAGAACAGCUCCCAUCUGUGGUCAGUGCCCAGUAACCACCUAGAACUCCUGGUCUCAGGUCUCUACAAAAAACCCACCCUGAAUGCACUGCCAAACCCUGUUGUAACCUUAGGAUCAUCUGUGACUGCCUCAUGUAGCUCAAAUAAUAAUUAUAAUGGGUUCAUUUUAAUCAAGGAAAAGCAGUUCUUCAGCUUCAUCAUGAACUCACAGCAUGUAUAUACUGGGCAGUCUUCAGCCAGUUUCCAAGUGGGUCCUAUCACACUCAGCGAAAGAUGGAGCUUAAGAUGCUAUGGCUAUUAUUCAAGAAACCCUCAGAGAUUGUCAGAAGGGAGUGACAUCCUGGAGAUUCUAGUCUCUGGGACCCUCCAGAAACCCACGAUCAGGGCUGAGCCAGGCUCUAUGAUCACCUUACGGAAUCCGGUGACAAUAUGGUGUGAGGGAAACAUGGAAACCCAAAUAUGCUUCCUGCAUAAAGAAGGACGCCCGGCACCCCGGGGCAGAUUAACUGCACCAGUCACUAAUCGCAAAGCAAAUUUUUUCAUCUCAUCCAUGGCAGAAGAUGAUGCAGGGCGAUAUCGCUGUUAUUGUUACAACUCUGCUGGGUGGACUCAGCACAGUGACACCCUGGAGUUGGUGGUGACAGGUGUCCACCCCGAUAAACCUACUCUGUCAGUUUUUCCAAGUCCUGUGGUGACCUCAGGGGUGAAUGUAACCCUCCAAUGUGUCUCAUCAAAAGGAUAUGAUUAUUUCAUUGUGACUGGGGAAGAUCAGAAUUUCUCCAGGUCCCUCAAGGCACAGUAUAGACACACUGGACAAUACACAGCUCUGUUUCCUGAGAUCCCUGUGGCAUCCAGCAAGAGUCUGUCCUUUAGAUGUUAUGGAUACUAUACAAAUGCCCCACAAGUGUGGUCAGAGGCCAGUGACCAUUUGGAGAUCCAUGUCUCAGGGUUAUCCAAGAAGCCCUCCCUGCUGACCCAGCAAGGACCUGUCCUGGCCCCUGGAGAGGAUCUGACCCUCCAGUGUUUCUCAGACACGAGUUAUGACAGAUUUGCUCUGUCCAAGGAGGGUAGAAGUGACCUCCCACAGAUGUCUGCCCAUUUUACUCAGGUGGAAGGGUCUCAUGCCAACUUCACCUUAGGUUCUGUGAAUUUCUCCACUGGCGGCCGGUAUAGAUGCCAUGGUUCAUACAUCUCCUCUUCUGAGUGGUCAGCCCCAAGUGACCCCUUGGACAUCCUGAUCACAGUCUUCCUCUCUCUAGGACAAUUUCUUGUCACACCCAACCUCUCAGUGCAUCCAGGAACCACUGUGUCCUCAGGAGAGAAUGUGACCCUGCUGUGUCAGUCAUCAAUCCCAAUGGACAGUUUCUUUCUGUUCAAGAAGGGUGCAUCCCAUUCCUACAUGCAUCAACUAUCAAAGUACCAAGAUUCACAAUAUGAGGCAAAAUUCCCCAUGAGUGCUGAAAUCUCAGCCCUUGGGGGCAUCUAUACAUGCUUUGGUUCUAAUAACUCAUCCCCUUACCUGUUGUCGCACUCCAGUGUGCCUGUGGAGAUCAUAGUCUCAGGGCUGGCAAGAUAUUCGAAGAUUUUGAUUGGAGUUUCUGUGGGAUUCCUCCUUUUGCUCUUCCUUCUUGCCCUCUUCCUUCUACUCAGACUGAGACACCAGAACAAAUGCAGGAAUGGAAUCCAAACAGAGACCAACUUGCAACAUCCUGCAGAAGCUCCAGAGCCAGUGAUCAGGGACAAAAGCAUCCUGAUGAGCUCUAGGCCAACUGCUGGUAUCCAGGAAGAAAUCUUGUAUGCUGCUGUGAAGGGCACAGAGAUUACAGAGCGUGAGAAGCUGGCCAGUGUGAGCCAGCAUAAAGAAGAUCACCCCAAAGACUUAUAUGCCCAGGUUAAACCUUCCAGAUUCAGAAGGGCAGAGCCUAUCUCUCCUUCCCUCAUGCCAAAGGGAUUACUAGAAUCCAAGGACAGAAAUGCAAAAGAAGACCAAAUUGCUGCAGCCAAGGAGCCCGAUGAAGUGACCUAUGCCCAACUGCACAUCAUGACUCCUAGACAGAGGCAGCAGAAUGUCGCAUCUCUCAGGCAGAAAAGUUUAACUUGAGAGACUUCUCUGUUCUUUAAACAUUCAGGGAGAUCUAGUCUCUGUAUUCAAUGGAGGAAAGAGUACUCAGGGGUGUCAAAAAUUAUAUCUGCCUCAGGUGAACAGCAAUUUUGCAAAUGUAACUUGGGGAUUUUGGCAACUUUGGGGACUCACCUGAUUCUGAGACAGAGAUGAGAAAUGCCCCAAGCAUUUUAUAAAUAAGACAAAUACUUGGUCAAUACUCAAUAGAUAAAAUGAAAGACAAUAGGAGUGAAGGAAGUUUCUGGUUUUUUUCUGCUUUUAUUUGUUUUCUUUCUACUUUUGAGAUUAUAAUUGCAGCAAUUCUUCCUUACCUUUCCUCCAUACAGACAUUCCCAUAGACCCUUAUAGACUCUCUUUCAAAUUUAUGACCCUUUUUCAUUAAUCGCUAUUGUAUAUACAUGUAAAUAUGUAUACACAAAGUUCAAAAAUAUUUUCUCUGAAUAUAUACCUAUGGUCAAUUAUACCUCAAUAAAGCUGUAAAUUGAAUGAUGAAA